AAUUCAUACACCCCCCACCACAAUAAUAGCUUUUAUCUUUUUUAAUAAAUUUUUUUUUUUCAAAGUUUUAAUUUUAAAUAUUUUUUACAUACAUAUACAAUAAAAAUGUCACUCAAUCCAGAAGAAUUUACAGAAAAAACUAAUUCAAUUUUAAUUAAAGCCCAAGAAUUAGCAAGAGAAAAAUCCAAUUCACAAUUAGCUCCAAUUCAUUUAGCAGUUAGUUUAAUGAAUGAUGAAGAUUCAUUAGCCAAAUCAAUUUACGAAAAGGCUGGUGGAGAUAUACCAAAGAUCGAUGCUGGUUUCAAAAGAUUAUUAAACAAAGUACCAGUUCAACAACCAGUACCAGCUGAUAUUUCACCAAACUCAUUAUUUGUUCAAAUCCUCAGAAGUGCCUCGCGUUAUCAAAAGAACAAUGGAGAUUCACAUUUAGCACUUGACCAUUUAAUAUUAGCAUUGUUAGAUGAUCGUGAUAUCUUAUCAGUAUUGGGAGAUGCUGGUGCAACUAAAGAACAAGUUAUGCAAGCAGUUAAAGAAAUUAGAGGCAACAAAAAGAUUACAAGUAAAAGUGCCGAGUCCACCUAUGAUGCCUUAUCAAAAUAUGGUUAUGAUUUAGUACAACAAGCUCAAGAAGGUAAAUUAGAUCCAGUCAUUGGUAGAGAUGAUGAAAUUCGUCGUGUAAUUAGGGUUUUAUCAAGAAGAACCAAAAACAAUCCAGUUUUAAUUGGUGAACCAGGUGUUGGUAAAACUGCUGUCGUUGAAGGUCUUGCUCAAAGAAUCGUUCGUGGUGAUAUUCCAGAUAAUUUAAAUGCACGUGUUAUUGCUUUGGAUAUGGGUGCUUUAAUUGCUGGUGCUAAAUAUCGUGGUGACUUUGAAGAGAGAUUAAAGGCAGUACUCAAAGAAGUUAAAGACUCUAAUGGUGGUAUUAUCUUAUUCAUUGAUGAAAUCCAUUUAGUCUUGGGUGCCGGUAAAACUGAUGGUGCCAUGGAUGCUGCAAAUCUUUUAAAACCAAUGUUGGCUCGUGGUGAACUUAGAUGUAUUGGUGCCACUACUCUCGAUGAAUACCGUCAAUAUGUAGAAAAAGACCCAGCCUUUGAACGUCGUUUCCAACAAGUAUUUGUCAAUGAACCAUCAGUCAAUGAUACCAUUUCAAUUCUUCGUGGUCUUAAAGAACGUUAUGAAAACCAUCAUGGUGUACGUAUUACUGAUACUGCUUUAGUAGUUGCUGCUCAAUUAUCUCAUCGUUACAUUACCAAUCGUUUCCUUCCAGAUAAGGCUAUUGAUUUAGUCGAUGAAGCUUGUGCCAAUACUCGUGUUCAAUUAAACUCACAACCAGAAGCCAUUGAUAAUUUAGAACGUAGAAAACUCCAAUUAGAAGUUGAGGCUACUGCUUUAGAAAAAGAAGAAGAUGAUGGAUCAAAACAAAGACUUGCCGCUGUUCGUGACGAACUCAAUAAUAUCACUGAUGAGCUUCAACCACUUCAAGCCAAAUACCAAAAAGAAAGAACUCGUGUUGAUAAAAUUCGUGAACUCCGUAGAAAACUUGAAGAUAUUAAAGUUAAAUUAUUGGAUGCAGAAAGAAGAUACGAUACUCAACAAGCUGCUGAUUACCGUUACUAUGUUAUCCCAGAUUUAGAAAAACAAAUCCAACAAUGUGAAGUCGAAAGAAAACAAUCAAAGAAAGAUGCACUUGUUAGUGAAGUAGUUACUCCAGAGCAAAUUGCUGAUGUAGUUUCACGUUGGACUGGUAUUCCAGUAAGCAAAUUAAGCCAAACUGAAAAACAACGUCUCCUUCAUUUAGGUGAACAUCUUCACAAGAGAGUUGUUGGCCAAGAUGAAGCCGUCGAUGCAGUUGCAGAUGCAGUACUUCGUAGUAAAUCAGGUUUAGCCAGAGAGAAUCAACCAUUAGGUUCUUUCCUUUUCUUAGGUCCAACUGGUGUUGGUAAAACAGAACUUGCCAAAGCUUUAGCCUUCGAAUUAUUUGAUGAUGAAAAACAUAUGAUAAGAAUCGAUAUGUCAGAAUAUAUGGAACAACACUCUGUAUCUCGUCUCAUUGGUGCUCCACCAGGCUAUGUUGGUUAUGAUCAAGGUGGUCAAUUAACUGAAGCUGUACGUAGACGUCCAUACUCUGUAGUCUUAUUUGAUGAAGUCGAAAAAGCACAUCAACAAGUUUGGAAUGUUUUAUUACAAGUAUUAGAUGAUGGUCGUCUUACUGAUGGUCAAGGUAGAACUGUUGAUUUCAGCAAUGUCGUUAUUAUUAUGACAUCCAAUCUUGGUUCCCAAUACAUUCUCCAAGAACAAUCAAAUCAAGAUAACUUCUCAACUCUUUCUCAAUCAUGUAAAGAUAAGGUAACCAACGAAGUUAGAAAACACUUUAGACCAGAAUUUUUAAAUCGUCUUGAUGAUAUCAUUGUUUUCAGUCCAUUAUCCAAGAACAAUCUCCACGGUAUUAUUAAUCUUCAAUUACAAUCUGUCGAGAAGAGACUCGAAGCUCAAAAUAUGAGUAUGACUGUAGAAAAGGAUGCCUUAGAUUCAAUUAUCGCCAAAUCAUAUGAUGCUAUUUUUGGUGCUCGUCCAUUAAGAAGAUAUUUAGAAAAGAACAUUGUAACAGAAUUAUCAAAACUUAUUCUUUCUGGUCAACUUAAAGAACAUCAACAUGUAGAUAUCAUUGAAAAAGAUAAUCAUUUAGACUUUAAGAUCUCUAAUGAACCACAACGUCCUUCUUCACCACAAAAAAAACAAAAAAUUCAAAAUUAAAUUUUAAAUCAAUACAAACAAAAUAAUUUUAAAUAAAUAUUUUUCAAUUUUUGAUAUAUAU